AAUACAGCUUUCGUGCUGCGCACGCAGGCAGCGCUGAGAGAUUCAAGAAAAAAAUAGCUCAAUCUCAACCUGCGUUUUCGUCGUCGACGGAGGCGGCUGUAGCUGCAAAUAAACGACAACACCUGGACGAUUUAUUUAGUGAUCAUGUGACAUGGCAUCGGCAGGCCCAGGAUCUCACAAGGCCAGGGUACAGGUCACAAGUCCUGAGAGGACUCCGGGUCCCCAGCGGUCUGCCAGUUCAUCCCGAUCCUUCACAGGAAGAAGGUUACAUACCCCAUACCUGAAGACACCGCAAUCCCGGAUAUUACAUGGACGGAGAAGCAGACUGACUAGAACUCCCUCUAAUGUCCGCCCUACGAGUCAGAGGUUUAGCAGAUUGACCAAUAAGACAUGGCACACCUACUAUGUUUCUCCACUCUAUGCCUUCAGCAGUGAAGCUGCUUCUUUGAAGAGAUACUCAAGGCAGCUUUCCUCUCAUCUCCAAGCUGAAUCACAAAAGGGUGUUGGUGUGAUGGUAGAAGAUAGUGGAACAUCCAAGUAUGCUUUGUUUUCUUUGCGCCCAGAAUUGUUUCCUGACUCAGAUACUUCAGCGGUAGAUUUGAACAUCUAUGCUACAAAGAGUCAGGCCGUCUCAGCCAGCAGCACUCCAAAAUGGACAGCUGUCUUCUUUCCCCCGUCAUCCCCGGUGAUGGGCGACGGGAAGCACUUCCAAAGAUUGCCUCUCAUGAUCGUCAAGGGAGCAGUUGGUACCACCAACUGUGUUCUUCAUUGGCUUGAGGUUCAAUUUGACUGCUGCGUGAGGAAGCUAACAUUCAACCCAGUGGCACUCUCUUGGAUGGUAUCUAUGUGGGCUGAAAGUGUUCCAGAUAAAAAGAAGAACAGUGAUGAAGACAAGAAGAGUGGAGUUGAACUGGUCUACCAUCUCCCAAAGGAAAUAUCAGGACUUAGCAAAGUUACCAUGACGAUUGACUCAAGUGAUGCGAGAGCAUUAUGGGAAAGCGUCCAUGAAGAGGAUUCUGAUGAAGUACAGGAAGGUGAGGUGGUUGCUUUCAUGAAAGCAAUCGAGCAGCAUUUCUACUCGUGUUUCCAGAUUCACUUAGACGCACUAUAUCUGAAGACUAUCGGUACAGCAGCAGCUUUUGUUGGGUCGGAAGGAAGAUUGAAGAUGCUGUCACUUGGGGAGGCCGCUGGUGUGCUCCAACAUCUCAUAGAACUUGCAGAGGAAAAGAUGGCAUCAUUUGAUGUUUGAUGAUGAUCACCAUGGCGACCAGCUACGGUGUGGUCCCUCAGUGCCAGGAAGGGACUCCUGUUUCUGUUCCAUCUUGAUCGGUGCAAUAUGUUGACUGCAGGAAUUAUACCAUAGCAGUGAAGCUUUAAAACUAGGAAGGGGUUUCACAAAGAGUUAAGUGGGACUUCAGGGGAAUCCAGCCUUGGUAAUAAAAUGUUGCGUUGGAAAGGAGAAAAA